AUGGAAACUAGGAACAACGUGACCGAGUUUGUUCUCCUGGGGCUCACACAGAAUCCACACAUGCAGAAAAUUAUAUUUGUUGUGUUUUUGGUUAUCUAUGUCUUCUCUGUGGCAGGAAAUUUGCUCAUUCUGAUCACCAUUACAAACAGCCCACUGUUGGGGUUCCCUAUGUACUACUUCCUGGCCUAUCUCUCCUUUAUUGAUGCCUGCUACUCCUCUGUCAAUACACCUAAACUGAUUGCUGAUUCACUCCAUAAGAGAAAAACUAUUAAAUUCAAUGGAUGCAUGACCCAAGUUUUUGCAGAACAUUUCUUUGGAGGAGCUGAAGUCAUCUUGCUCACUGUGAUGGCUUAUGACCGCUAUGUAGCCAUCUGUAAACCUCUACACUAUGCAACCAUCAUGAACAGACGACUCUGUAAUAUCCUUGUGGGUGUGUCAUGGCUUGGAGGUUUUCUUCAUGGAGGUAUACAGAUUCUUUUCAUUAUUGAAUUACCUUUCUGUGGCCCUAAUGUCAUAGACCACUUUAUGUGUGAUCUGAACCCUUUGCUUAAUCUAGCCUGUAUUGACACCCACAUUCUGGGACUUUUUGUUGCUGCCAACAGUGGCUUCAUAUGCCUGUUAAAUUUCCUCCUACUGCUUGUCUCUUACCUGGUCAUCCUUCAGUCCCUAAGGACCCACAGUGCAGAAGGAAGGCGCAAAGCCCUCUCUACCUGUGUUUCUCACAUUACAGUGGUGGUUUUAUUUUUUGUGCCAUGCAUAUUUGUAUACAUGAGACCUGUAGCUACGUUACCAAUUGAUAAAGCAGUAGCUAUAUUUUAUACUAUGAUAACUCCCAUGCUGAAUCCAUUAAUCUACACCUUAAGAAAUGCUCAGAUGAAAAAUGCCAUUUGGAAAUUGUUCAGUAUAAAAAUUCAGUCAGAUGACAAAUAA